GCCCAUCGUGAUGAUUUGCCCAAAAGAAGGAAGCCCAUUAAAGAAGAAGCCCAACCAUCGUUAGAAAUAUCCCCGACGAGAGAGGAAAACACACUGUCAGACAAUCGCUGGCGAGAGAGAUCGCGUCUCCAAUGGAAACCAAUUUACUUGAGAGAGAAGAGAGUCAACAGGCCUGUGCCAAAAUCUGCAUUUCAUAGCGUUCCAGGUUUCUCACGCCCAGAUCAUCCUCCCUCCUGUUUCGCAGUGGUGACAUUUUCCCCAAGAGACUCGCGAUUCAAUUUGCCUGGAUGCAGCACUGGCGAAGCAAAGGGUUGUAGAGAGUAUUGCAGCAUGAGAUGUGCCCAUAAUAUUUUGAUCACUGAAAGCUCCAGGAAAUUUUGGGAUCAAGGUAAGAAGAAUAGUAGACUUGGUACAGAGGCACUGAAUUGUUACUUGAAGAAUAAGUUGGUUGCACUAAGAACUUCAUCACCAAUAUAUGACCAUGCAGCGAGAGAGAGAGUAGAUCUCUCUGAAGCCGUACAGGCUGACAUGAAACUCCGAGUAGAGGAAGAGGCAGGGGGACCCAGGAUAUUCUUGAAGUGGGUGCUUCGAAGCCAUCAGGACCUGUUAAGGAAAGCAAGCUUUUCUGGAGCUUGUCUCUCAGCAAGAAAAUUGCAAGAGUUGGGCUGCUGGAGAGAUAGUAGCGGAGCAUUCAUCAUAACACAAGAUGCAGUGACCGCUGGUAAGAAAUCCGGGUGCGAGGUCAAAUUCCUCAGUUUUCUCAUGGCUCCACUUAACGAUUCUCUGGCAUCAAUCAACGAUGUCAUCGAAUCCAAACCAAACUGUUUUAGCCUCUCCCAAGGGAUUCUUCGUGCCAAAGAAUCUUCUCCAAUCCUCUUCGAUGUUCCUCAAAACCUAACUUUCACACCAUAUCCAUCUCACUCCAUACCCACUGAUGCUCCUCUCCCAAUUCUCCUCCGUGUUCAAGCCAACGCUCACAAAGGAGGGUUUCUCGGAUUCACCAAAGAUUCACCUUCCGAGCUUCUCACAAACUCCUUGGGGAGAUUCGAAAACAGAGAGUUCCUCAGCGUUUUCCGGUUCAAAAUGUGGUGGUCAACGGCUUGGAUCGGGAAAUCCGGGUCGGAUCUUCAAGCCGAGACUCAAUGGGUGAUGCUAAAAAUUCCUGAGAUCGAUUCCUAUGUGGCCAUCAUACCAAGCAUAGAAGGAUCUUUCAGGGCUGCACUUAACCCUGGUGAAAAAGGUAAUGUCUUGAUCUCUGCAGAGAGUGGCUCUACUCAAGUAAAAGAGUCAGCUUUCAACUCCAUUGCCUACAUUCACAUUUGUGACAAUCCUUAUAACCUCAUGAGAGAGUCUUUUAGCGCCCUUCGUGUCCAUAUGAACACUUUCAAGCUUCUAGAAGAGAAGAAGCUUCCGAAAAUCGUCGAUAAGUUUGGAUGGUGCACUUGGGAUGCUUGCUACCUGACUGUUGACCCUGCAACAAUUUGGACCGGUGUCAAGGAGUUUGAAGAAGGAGGUGUAUGUCCCAAGUUUGUCAUCAUUGAUGAUGGAUGGCAAAGCUUUGAUGGUGAUGAGCCAGGCAAAGACGCAGAGAAUCUUGUUCUUGGCGGAGAGCAGAUGACUGCGAGGCUUCACAGCUUCAAGGAAUGUAAGAAGUUUAGAAACUAUAAAGGUGGAUCCUUUUUAGCAUCUGACGCAUCUCACUUCGACCCUCGCAAACCGAAGAGGAUCAUAUACAAAGCCACCGAGCGGAUUCAAGCCAUUAUAGAAAAACAGAAGUUGGUUCGUGAAUUUGGGGAACAAGAUCUACCCCAACUUGACGAAAAGAUCAACAAGUUUAGCGAAGAGCUCAAUGCAAUGUUUGAUGAAGAUGGGAAACACGAGUCUUUGGGUUCUGAGGAUGUUUCAGGCUCAGGUAUGGAAGCUUUCACAAGGGAUUUGAGGUUAAGGUUUAAGAAUUUAGAUGGUAUAUAUGUCUGGCAUGCUCUAUGUGGUGCUUGGAAUGGUGUUAGGCCUGAAUGCUUAACGCAUUUGAAUUCCAAGGUUGUUCCUUUUGAGAUUUCACCUGGUCUAGAUGCUGCAAUGACUGAUCUCGCCGUCGAUAGGAUUGUGGAAGCCGGGAUUGGAGCCAAGAUUGAUGUUUUUCAAACCUUAGAGUCGGUAGCAGAAGAACAUGGAGGAAGAGUGGAACUUGCUAAAACUUACUACGGUGGCUUGACCAAAUCCAUGGUUAAGAAUUUCAAUGGAACUGAAAUCAUUGCUAGUAUGCAACAGUGCAAUGAGUUCUUCUUCCUUGCCACAAAACAAAUCUCUAUCGGCAGAGUUGGUGAUGACUUUUGGUGGCAAGACCCACAUGGUGACCCGCAAGGAGUGUAUUGGCUACAAGGACUACACAUGAUUCAUUGUUCUUACAACAGUUUUUGGAUGGGUCAAAUGAUUCUACCAGAUUGGGACAUGUUCCAAUCAGAUCACGUCUGUGCCGAGUUCCACGCCGCGUCUCGAGCCAUCUCUGGUGGGCCUAUCUACCUCAGUGACCAUCUUGGCGAAGCCUCGCAUAACUUUGACCUCAUCAAGAAACUCGCUUUCUUUGAUGCUACCGUCCCGAGGUGUCUCCACUAUGCUCUUCCCACUAGAGAUACUCUCUUCAAGAACCCUUUGUUUGACAAAGAAUCAAUCCUCAAGAUCUUCAACUUCAACAAGUUUGGAGGAGUGAUUGGAACAUUUAACUGUCAAGGAGCUGGAUGGAGCCCGAAGGAGCAUAGGUUCAAGGGAUACAAAGAUUGUUACAAGACUGUUUCAGGAACAGUUCAUGUCUCGGACAUCGAAUGGGAUCAAAACCCAGAAGCUGCAGGUUCUCAGGUGAGCUACGCUGGAGAUUACUUGGUCUACAAGAAGCAAUCCGAGGAAAUCCUUUUCAUGAACUCUAAAUCACACGCUAUCGAGAUAACGCUAGAGCCAUCUUCGUAUGAUCUGUUCAGUUUCGUGCCAGUCACGGAACUAGGAAGGUCAGGGCUUAGAUUUGCACCUCUAGGGUUGAUCAACAUGUUCAACUGUGUUGGAACAGUUCAAGAGAUGGACGUUACUGGUGAUAACGGCAUUAGGGUUGUCUUGAAAGGCGAAGGAAGAUUCAUGGCGUAUUCCAGCUCUGCUCCAAAGAUUUGUUACUUGAACGACAAGGAAGCUGAAUUUGAGUGGGAAGAAGAAACUGGUAAACUCAGUUUCCACGUUCCUUUGGUUGAAGAUUCUGGUGGCAUCUCUCAUCUCUCUUUCACCUUCUAAGAAUUGUUUAACCAGAAAUUGGUUUUUAUUUAUCUUUUAAUUUGGAGAAUCAUUAAGCAACUUAUUUGGUAUGUUAUCAUCAGUGAAUGAUUAUUUAAGUAGAUGAUUGCUUCAGUACACAUAUGAACAUAAGUUAG